AUGGCUAAGCCCCGUGCCGACGCGGCGCGCCCUGAUUCGUUCCCACUCAGAUUUCCCCCUGGCCCACCAGAUAGAAGCUGUACCCAUAUACUCCCUCUCUCUCCACUGUGUGAAGCCAACAGCUCAGCCUUUACUCACCACCACAAAGUCACACCUCCCUUACCUUCUUCUUCUUCGCAGAAUCAUGGCUUCCAAGCUCUGCGACUCCUGCAAGUCGGCAACGGCGGCGCUCUUCUGCCGCCCGGACUCGGCCUUCCUCUGCCUCACCUGCGACUCCAAGAUCCACGCCGCCAACAAGCUGGCGUCCCGCCACGCGCGCGUCUGGAUGUGCGAGGUCUGCGAGCAGGCACCCGCACACGUCACCUGCAAGGCCGACGCCGCCGCGCUCUGCGUCACCUGCGACCGCGACAUCCACUCCGCCAACCCGCUCGCCCGCCGCCACGACCGCGUCCCCGUCGUCCCCUUCUACGACGCCGUCGACAAGUCCUCCUCCUCCUCCUCCCCGGACGACGACGCGGACGCGGCGGCGCAGCAGCACCACCCGCCCUGCGCGCUCAACUUCCUCGACGACCGCUACUUCGCCGACGACGCCGCGGACGAUGACGUCAGCAGGGAGGAGGCCGAGGCUGCUUCCUGGCUCCUCCCCAACCCCCCGCCGCCGGCAGGCGGCGGCAAUAACAAGGGCGGCGGGGUCAUGGACUCUCCGGAUCUGAACACCGGCCAGUUCAUGUUCCCCGAGAUGGAUCCGUACCUGGAUCUGGACUACGGGCCCGUGGAUCCGAAGAUGGAGCCGCAGGAGCAGAACAGCUCCGGGACCGACGGAGUCGUCCCCGGCGGCGUCCACCAGCCUCAAUUGAUGAACGAGCACUGCUUCGACCUCGAUUUCGCCGCCGCUGCCGCCGCAGUCGGAUCCAAGGCUUUCGCUUACGGAUACACCGCUCAGUGCUUGAGCCACAGCGUGUCAUCAUCGUCGAUGGACGUGGGAGUGGUCCCCGACGGCAGCGCGACGGCGGACAUAUCGAACCCGUACGGAAGAGUGGGAGGAGCCGGAGGGAUGAGCACGGGAGCCGAGUCGACGGCGGCGGCGAUGCCGACGGUGCCGCUGUCGGCGGUGGACAGGGAGGCGAGGGUGAUGCGUUACAGGGAGAAGAGGAAGAACCGGAAGUUCGAGAAGACGAUCCGAUACGCUUCCAGGAAAGCCUACGCGGAGACAAGGCCCCGCAUCAAAGGAAGGUUCGCGAAGCGAACCGACAUCGACGUGGAAGCCGACCGGAGUAUGUACGGCUUCGGCGUCGUGCCGUCGUUCUAAUAAUUACCCCCCUCUCUCUCUCACUCAAGAACGUACGGACGAUCCAGUAAUAAAGAAAGGAACUAGUUUUGUUCUCUCCUUUUCUUUUUUUAAUCUUUUCCUAAUUUUUGCAAUUUCCGUUUUAUAUUUUUGUGUUUUUACCGCAGUUCUAAUUUCUAGGGUGGUGUUUGGGGGGCAAGAAUUUAACCGUGGUGGGAUGUGUAUAUAGAAGGAAGAUGGGGGGUAAGAUGUUUGUAUUGUAUGUAAUUUUAUAGCUGUUUGAUCGGCGGGAAUGUUUAUAAAUGACCGUUGAUUUUGUGGUUAAUCAGUUAAUCUGAGAUUAAGGCGGCCAUGGCCAUUGGCCGCAUUUUUGUUUAGAUGAUGGUUGAUUCUCACGUUGCUACUAGGUCAUUCAUUAUUUUAUCUUGUCGACGAAAA